ACACAUAAACAACGCUGAGCUGAGAAUAACAAAGAAGACAUCUAAGAGCAGUGCUACCACUGAACAUCGACUACUGUUAUACAGGCUUUUCAGAAAAGCUAAUUUCCUAUCUGUUUGGAGUUUCUUCUCGUUCGUUAUUCUUAAACGUUUUGUUUGAAUUCAAUCUGUUGCCUACAAGUGCGAAAAAUGAGCAACCACGUUGACGUGAAAAACAUUGAACCUACCAGCUUUGAGGACCAAUACUAUGAUGAAUAUGAAUAUUACAACCUAACAGACCGAUAUACCGAGGGCGCCAGUCGCAAAGGCAGAACGAAGAAGGAGGCGAGCUGCAACACUAACAAACACAACCCCGGUGGACACGAGAGAAAAAUAGUGGUUAAACUCCAGAACGCUGAAAAGAAAUGCAAAGAGUGACACUAAAAAGAUUCAUUUGGACGGCUAUAACUGGCAACCGACCACGGGUGUCCCUUCGAGAAAUGGGCUGUGAGCUUCGGCAGUGACUGGUUCAUGAACCUCAGCCUCAGGGUUCGGAUGAGAUAGUGGGUUGAGGUUGAGUAAAGCAGCUUCGAGGUCACGGGUAUCACUUUUGUGAGUGGGCUGGGCCAUGCAGGGCUCGCACCUGUUCAGAGGAACUAGAACUUGGGUGAUGGUUAUUCUUUUAAUGUGUAUUGUACUCCAUGACAGAUGUUUUAAAGUAAUUUUAAUAAAGAUUUGAUUAAACAAUUGA